GAUCUGGAUCGGGUCUGGAUCGGGUCUGGACCAGGUCUGGACUAGGUCUGGAUCGGGUCUGGACCAGGUCUGGAUCAUCAAUGUUUUCCUGAUAAAACAUUUCAUUCAUGGAGAACUUUGCUGUCCCGGCCCCAGACCCUGAGGUUCAGCCCCAGAAAUAAAAGCUGAAUCAUCACAUGGUCCCUGACCCCUGACCUGAAUCAGGUCCAGCUGCAGGUGAAACGUCGAUACUGGUGUCCAGAGUUCAUCGACCUCAGAGGACCGGACUCCCAGAAACCACCAGACACAGAGCUGCACAGAUCCACAGAGACCUGGCAGACGGUAAGACCUGAUCCUCAAGUCCCGAUACUCUAGACCUGAUCCUCCAGACCUGAUACUCCAGACCCGAUACUCUAGACCUGAUCCUCCAGACCUGAUACUCCAGACCUGAUCCUCCAGACCUGAUCCCGUAGACCCGAUCCUCCGACUGAAGCAGUUCUCCAGGUUCUCCAGGUUCUCCAGGUGCUGUGCAGCAUGGCGGUGUGUCUGCAGGUGAUGGGUCUGGUUCUGGGCCUGGUGUCCUGGUGCUUCCAGUCCAGCUGCACCUCCUCCCAGGUGUGGAAGGUGAGGAGUCAGGGGGAGUCGGUGAGCAACAGCCAGUGGCAGUUUGAGGGUUUGUGGAUGAGCUGCGCCGCAACGUCUCUGGGUUCGGUCCAAUGCAGUCGCUUCAAGACGGUGCUCGGCCUGUCGGCUCACCUCCAGGCCUGCCGGGCUCUGAUGAUCCUGUCUCUGAUCGUCGGCUUCGCCGCCAUCAUCGCCUCCGUUCUGGGACUCAAGUGCACCAAGAUCGGCAGAACCUCGGAGCAGGUCAAAGACCAGAUCGCCCUGAGCGGAGGAGUCAUGUUCAUCCUGUCUGGUGUCCUCACUCUCUCUGCUGUGUCCUGGUACGCUGCCAGAGUCAUCCAGGACUUCUACAACCCGUUCUAUGGAGGAAUGCGGUUUGAGCUGGGUACUGGUCUUUAUCUGGGCUGGACUGCUGCCAGUCUGGCUGUGGUGGGAGGAGCUAUGCUGUGCACCUCCUGCAGGAGGACGGCCUCCUCCUCCUCCCCCCGUCCUGCACGUCUCUUCUCCUACUACUCGUCGGCGAGCGGAGGUCAGACCAUCUAUCGAGCCUCCUCAGCCUCCGGCGGCAGCAGCUCCAAAGCUUAUGUCUGAGAGAAGCCUCCCAUCGUUUUCUACUGGUUUUACUUUCCCUGAUCUUGUAAAUAAACGCUGAUCUCUCUGGA